AGUGGUACGUGCGUAUCCGGUCCGUGUCUGAGAGCUAGUCAGUCGGUAGGCGUGGUUGGUGUCACGUCUGUUUGUGUUUCACUGUUGAGCGAACCAUUCUGAUCUUUUACACCGUACAAACGUGCUGCCACGGGGCCCACGAGUGUUCCACCAUGGCCCAAGCUAUUCAACGUCUCCACUGGACCUGUCUGUGCCUUGUUUUCGGUAUAGCACUACACGAAGGUGUCCUGGCAGCUGUAACGGACCCAAACAUCGGUCCUUUAAUCACCGAUUCCCAGGAUGGGAACGUGUUAGAGUUGACGUGCACAGCAGACAAACUGAGCGACCCGGCGGCGAACAUCGCCUGGCAUCGGGAUGGACCGAACGGGGAUCUGGUAAAUUAUGCCUUCUCCCCUGAUGGAGAUGCAGCUACAGGGACUCUGAAGCUCACGGCUACCACGAGUUUCAAUGUGUCAGGGCCAGGAGCAGUGGACAAGGCCACAACCUAUGCUUGUAACGUAACACGAGCGGCAGGAAACUUGUGGCAGGCUGUCGUUACAGGGGACCCUACACCCAGAGCGCUGCGUUUGGAGCCUUCCCGUGACCAGCUGUACUAUGGAGACACUCUCAUACUGGCCUGUCCUAACUAUGGUUCACAGCCAGACCCAGAUACACUGCCUGCUGACCCACUCACUGUACCUUCACCACAGGUGGAAUGGCAGUUGAACUACGAUUUCUCAAAUCCUUGGAAUGGCUCCCUACCAGCAGGGGCAAGUGUAGAGGCCGGCCAGCUCAUCAUUACAAACUUGGGAGAUAGUCAUGUUGGAAGUUAUACCUGCCAGUCCACUAACGUUUACAGUAGUAAGUAUGCAUCGUUCCCUGUUGGCGGCUUGAUGGUGGCUCCGACAACUACAGCUGCCCCAACCACCCCAAGUUCAGGAGUUGCCGUUAAUAAUACAGGUGCUAUAGUAGGAGGGGUGAUUGGGGGAAUCAUCGCAGCCAUCAUACUAGGUGCAUUGGCAUACUUUGGGUACCAACAUUUCAACAAAUCACAGGGAGAGUCUACAAAAUACACUGCGGCUGCCUCAGACCCAGUGUAAAAGAGUGAAGAGAUCUGAUGAGCUAAUAAUAACAAGCCUUAAGAUUUUAUAUUGCAAUGCCUUACUUUAAAACGUUGUCUAUGCAGUAUGCACGUAAAAUAUCUGGCUUGUAGGAGCAAAAUGUAAAACUGUUAUAGAAGUCAAAGUGUUGGUAGAAGUCACUCUGAAUAAGGUGUUUGAAAUUAUAGUUUAACUUUAUUCAGAAUGUUUUAUAAGUUGACUAACUAGGGAGCUAAUGUGUAGUGUAAAAUGUCACAUUUUGUGGACUUCAGCUUUGGAACUGAGUAAAUUUUUUGUUGUUGUGAUAUACUUAUGCAAACCCUUUGAGUCCAGCGUUUGAUGAAAAAUAUUUUGUUGAUUUUUUUUGGCGUUAAAAGUGCCAUUAAUAAAUCUGGAUAAAGAAGCAUGUUUUGGUUAUAAAGACAAGCAGAGUAAGAAAAAUAUUUCGUUUUUUUAUUAACAGUUUGCAUGAUACUAGGCUUAUGAAAACCAUGACAACUGAACAUUUUUGCUCAGGUCAGACCAUCUUAAAAACUUUAUUCGCUGAAUUGUAAAAGUAAGUGGAGUGAAAGCCAGACAAAAAGAGAAAAACUUAAAGUGAUAAUAGUGACUAUACUGUCAUUCUUACAAGUGCAUUGUAAAUUGAUUGUAAACGUAAUUGUUACGAGAGAUUUUUAAAGAUAUGGUAAGGCUUACAAGAAUACUAAGAAAUAAAUCCAAUAGUCGUGGAAUGAAAUAAAAUUAUUUGAUCAUUGCCAAGCUUGGUUUAGUGUUGUGUAGACUGCUAACUUUCAGUAGCAGAAAUGUGUGAUGUAGACUGUAUGUUUACUUUUUUUAGCAAUAAUGCCAUGUUGAUUUUGGAUCAUAUGGAUGAUAUCCUCCCAUAACCCUGAUGCGUGUGAAGAAAAAAGUUUGACCACCCAAAAAAGCGAAUAAGGUCCUUUCGUUAUGAAAGUAAGUACUAUUAACAGUAUGGUGGAAAACGUUUAAUUUUUUUUCUUUUGGGGGGGGGGGGGGGUAUUGGUGCGCAUGCAUAUAAUCAUCCAUAUAAUCAUAUCAACAUGGCCAGUUUGAAGAGUCCAUUUUCACUGUAAUGCGUUGUGGGGAAAUAUGUUAAACUUCAAAGCAUCACGUUGACAUGUAACCCACAAUGGAUUACACUGCACAUGUGCAUUGCCAACCAUAACUAAGCUUUUACUACCAUAUAAUGGUAAAGUUGCAAUCCGUAUGAUAAUAUACAAAUAGCUGCACAGCUUACAAACUGAGGACAUUUUCAAUAUGUUUGAGUGUUACAAGUGUGAAAUUUGAAUAUUCGAUGGAUAAAACACAAAUGUCUUAGUCAUAGCAAUCUGGCUAGAAGUGCCUGUAUUCUAAUGUUUGCUUCUUUCAAAGUAAAAUUGAUAAAACACA